AUGGAGAGCACGCCUGACCAGGACAAGGGCGCCACAACGCAGGGCUCGCCGAGGCAUGUGUUUAUCAGUGCCUCUUUUCUGCACAGGGAGUUCAGGGCGGUGCCGCUUGAGGUCAUGCAAAGCGCCAUCUUCUUCUUUGGCAGCAAGCGUAGCUGGGGUAUGCUCACCUACAUCUUCACCCUUGAUGAAGUGUUCCCUGAAAACGAGAGGGAGCGGAAGGAGUCGUUGCGGCAGCCAACGCGCUACUACGCGUUCCCCGAAGACUUCAAGCAGCUCAUCUUGGAGAAGGAGAAGGCGGGCCUGCUGUACUGGUUGAAGCCAGACCAGGACUACCGCAAGGUGUCCGCCUUCCUCGAGCAGAUCGUGGACCCGGUCACAGGCCAACCCUACGCGCCGCUCAUACUCGACGACCAGUGGUGGAAGCACACCUACGACCGCUCCAUGGCGCGAUCGUGCCCCCCGCCCGACUCCUUCCGGGUCAUCCACAACUACAAGCUGGGCGACCACGACUAUGCUCCGACGAUGGAGCUGUUGGUUCAAAGCAACCACAACCUCGUUCCUGUGCUCUCGUGGUCCGACCACGUCAAGAAAUAA